AGGCGACGGCGCUGCUGCCGCAAAGUGCGGGCGCGCGGGGGAGUGUCGUGCUCAGCCCCGCCAAAGGGGCUCCCUUGACGGCUGGUGCGGCCUAGUCGCGCCGCUGAGGAGGACCUCACUCACUCGGAGUGGUCUCUUUCGACCAGCGCCACCAUGGAGAUGCCGCCGCCCCCGCCUGAAGACCAAGAGCUUCGCAAUGUCAUUGACAAGCUGGCCCAGUUUGUGGCCCGGAAUGGCCCGGAGUUUGAGAAGAUGACAAUGGAGAAGCAGAAGGAGAACCCCAAAUUCUCCUUCCUCUUUGGGGGAGACUUCUACGGCUACUACAAGUAUAAGCUGGCCCUGGAGCAGCAGCAGUUGCUGUGCAAGCAGAGCCAGGACCCUGAGGCCGCCCCCACUGCCAUCCCCGCCAUGCCAGCACAGCCGCCCUUGGCCCUGACACCCACACCCGUGGUCACUGCUGCCGCCGCCGCCUCGCAGGGGGCUGCCACGCCCAGCUCUGUGGAGGAGCUCAUCCAGCAGAGCCAGUGGAACCUCCAGCAGCAGGAGCAGCACCUCCUGGCCCUCAGACAGGAGCAAAUCACGGCUGCCAUUGCGCUGGCCGUCGACCAGCAGAUGCAGAAAGUCUUGGAAGAGACUCAGCUGGACGUGAACGAAUUCGAUAACCUGCUGCAGCCCAUCAUUGACACUUGCACCAAGGAUGCCAUCUCAGCAGGGAAGAACUGGAUGUUCAGUAACGCCAAGUCUCCCCAGCACUGCGAGCUGAUGGCCGGGCACCUGCGCAACCGCAUCACGGCUGAAGGGGCCCACUUUGAGCUGCGGUUGCACCUGAUCUACCUGAUCAAUGACGUCCUCCACCACUGCCAGCGGAAGCAGCAGCGGGACCUCCUGGCUGCCCUGCAGAAGGUGGUGGUGCCCAUCUAUUGCACCAGUUUCCUGGCCGUGGAGGAGGACAAGCAGCAGAAGAUCGCCAGGCUCCUUCAGCUGUGGGAGAAGAACGGCUACUUUGAUGAGGCCAUCAUCCAGCAGCUUCAGAGCCCCGCGCUUGGCCUCGGCCAGUACCAGGCCACCCUGAUCAUUGAGUUUGCCAACGUGGUCCAGCCAGUGCAGGUGGCCUUCCAGCAGCAGGUUCAGACCCUGAAGGCGCAGCACGAGGAGUUUGUCGCCAGCCUCACCCAACAGCAGCAGCAGCAACAACAACAGCUUCAGAUCUCGCCCCUUGAAAGCGAGGUGAAGCCGGCCCCCGCUCCAGCCCCGGCACCCCCUCCAACUGCCCCCAUUGCUCAAGCAGAGGAGGGAAAGGCCCAGCUGCCGCUCGCAGGCGCUGCUUCUGCUACUGCUGAGUACGAAGCCGCAGGUGCCGGAGGGACCGACCCCGCCGUGACUGGACCUCGGGGGGCUCACGAGCAUCUCCCCCCCAACAAGCCGCCUUGGUUCGACCACCCUGUCACCCCUUGGGCCCAGCAGCAGCCACCGGACCAGCCUCCUUUCCCGCACCACCCGGCGCCCCCGCACUGCCCCCCUUGGAACAGCGGUGGCGGGGCCCAUGAGGGGAUGUGGGGCGAGCAGCGGGAGCCUGGCUGGAACAACCAGCGUGAAGCCGCCCCUUGGAACAACCAGCCGGAGCCCCCAGCCUGGAACAACCAGUUUGAGGCCCCUUGGAACAACCAGCAUGAGCAGCAGCCGCCCCCGCAGCAACAGCCGCCCCCGCCUCCUCCUCCACCAUGGGGCGGGGGCCAGCGGGAGCCCCCCUUCCGCAUGCAGCGUCCGCCUCACUUCCGGGGACCCUUCCCUCCCCACCAGCAGCAACAGCAGCAGCACCCCCCACAAUUCAACCAGCCCCCGCAUCCCCAUAACUUCAACCGCUUCCCCCCGCGCUUCAUGCAAGACGAGUUCCCACCGCGGCACCCCUUCGAACGGCCACCCUACCCCCACCGCUUCGACUACCCCCAGGGGGACUUCCCACAGGAGAUGGGUCCUCCGCACCAUCACCCGGGACACCGGAUGCCCCACCCAGCCAUUGGGGAGCACCCCCCAUGGGGUGGACCGCAGCACCCAGACUUUGGUCCCCCGCCUCACGGCUUCAAUGGGCAGCCUCCCCACAUGCGCCGGCAGGGCCCCCCUCAUGUCAACCACGACGACCCCAGCCUGGUGCCCAAUGUCCCCUACUUCGACCUCCCGGCUGGCCUCAUGGCCCCACUGGUCAAACUGGAAGACCACGAGUACAAGCCUCUGGACCCCAAGGACAUCCGCCUACCACCCCCGAUGCCCCCCAGCGAGAGGCUGCUGGCGGCCGUGGAGGCCUUUUACAGCCCCCCCUCCCAUGACCGGCCCAGGAACAGUGAAGGCUGGGAGCAGAACGGUCUGUACGAGUUCUUCCGGGCCAAGAUGCGCGCCCGGCGGCGAAAGGGGCAAGAGAAACGCAACAGGAUGAUGAGGGGUGUCUCUUCCCUCCGCUCCGCGCCCAGCGGCCCCUCGCAGUCCCGCAGCCGCUCGAAGAGUCGUGGCCGCUCCUCCUCGCGCUCCAACUCGAGGUCCAACUCCAAGUCUUCUGGUUCCUACUCACGUUCCCGCUCCCGGUCGGGAUCCCGCUCCCGCUCCUACUCCCGCUCACAGUCUAGGAGCAGAAGCCGGUCACAUUCUUCUCGGAGCCGAUCUCGCUCCCGCUCCCGGUCCAAAUCCUACUCUCCCGGAAGGCGCCGCCGCUCCCGAUCUCGCAGCCAAACGCCUCCCUCUGCAGCCGGACUGGGCUCCAGCUCAGGGAAUACUGUUCCAGAAUCCAGGUUGGGAGAGGAGAACAAAGGACACCAGAUGCUGGUGAAGAUGGGUUGGAGUGGCUCUGGAGGCCUGGGGGCCAAAGAGCAAGGCAUCCAGGACCCCAUCAAAGGAGGAGACAUCCGGGACAAGUGGGACCAGUACAAGGGAGUGGGGGUAGCCCUGGACGACCCCUACGAGAACUACCGAAGGAACAAGAGCUACUCCUUCAUCGCUCGCAUGAAGGCCCGGGAUGAGAGCUGAUGCUGCUGCUGGAAGACAAAGGGAGCCCUGCCUGGCCUGAGCAAAGGAGCCAAGAUGCAACACGGCCCUCUCCCCGUACGCCCCUUUUCUUGAGGGCUUCCCUCUUUGUGUAGAGACCAUCGUGAUGAGAGGUUAACCUUCCCAUCUUGCCUGCUUCCAGGUCGGCAUUCUCCUGUAACCCCAGUAACCCCUCCCCCCAAAGUAUAUUUGUUGAUCUGGUUUUUAGACGGGUUGAACUGUAGGUGAGAAACCCUCCUCGCCUUUCCCACACAACUCUGCCUCUCCUCCCACCGUCUGUAACUAAAUUGUGACAUAUGUUGCCUUUCAAUAAAAGAGAGUUUCUCCUA